AUGGGCGCCACAGGCGCCGGCAAGUCCCGCCUCUCCCUCGACCUCGCCACCCGCUUCCCUUUCUUCGAAAUCGUCAACUCCGACAAAAUGCAACUCUACGCCGGCCUCGACAUCACCACCAACAAGCUUCCCAUCCCCGACCGCCUUGGCGUCCCCCACCAUCUCCUCGGGGAGUUCGACCCUCGCCACGGCGAUUUUACGCCCGGCCAAUUUCGCGCCGUGGCCGGUCAAGCCAUUUCCAGCAUUACGAAUCGAAGGAAGGUGCCGAUGCUCGUCGGCGGCUCCAACUCCUUCAUUCAUGCGCUCCUCGUGGACCGGUUCGAACCGGGCUCCAAUGUCUUCGAACCAGGUUUCAACGCCUCUGUCUCUUCCGAGCUCAGGUAUAAUUGCUGUUUUCUGUGGGUGGACGUGUCGUUGGCGGUCUUGACUGAGUACUUGUGCAAGCGAGUGGACGAAAUGCUCGACUCGGGGAUGUUGGACGAGUUGGCCGAGUUCUGCGACCCGGAUCGCCAGGACGAAGACGAAUCGACGACGAGUCAGACAGCGUUGAGAAAGGCGAUUGGGGUGCCCGAGUUCACUAGGUAUUUUAAAAGGUAUCCACCGCAGGGGAGGGGCGGGGAGGGUGAUGAUCGGGAGCGGAGGAAAGCAUACGAAGAGGCGGUGAGGGCGAUCAAGGAGAACACGUGUCAGCUGGCGAAGAGGCAGAUAGAGAAGAUCGUACGGCUGAAGGGAGGAGGGUGGGACCUACAGAGGCUAGAUGCAACGGAGGCGUUUAGGGCGGUGGUUGCGACGACGUCGUCGGAUGAGGACGACGGAAAGAGGUGGUCAGAGAUAUGGGAGAGGCAGGUUGUCAAACCAAGCGUGAAGGUUGUGAAGCAAUUCUUGGAGGAGUAG